AGGAGACCUGAAGGUUCAGGACAGAGGACGGUGAGCUGCCAUGGUGCACAAGAGCUUCUUGUUAUUCGCUAUUGUCCUCAUUCUAGGACUCAGCAGCCUGACUAAUGGAUUUACUCUCCAAAGACCCACACAACAAUGUGCAGUGCAGCCGAAAGCAAGAGUGAACUGUGGCUACCCCUACAUCAGUGCUCAGACAUGCCACAGCAGAGGGUGCUGUUUUGAUUCAAGUAUUCCUGGAGUCAUCUGGUGCUUCUUUCCUGGAAGUGAUUCAGAAUGCAUCUCUUAAAAUCAAAAUAAGCCACAAAUCUGCCUUUCUGCUCUGGUGAUCUUCUGGAAGAACAAUAAAGCGAAACUACAUGCAUCUGCAUGUGCUCUCCUGUGGAUGGAACGGAACUCUGCUGCCAGUGAUGCAUGUUUUUCAACACUCUACUGCACCCUAA